AUGCUGGUGCACACUUACUCCGCCAUGGAGCGCCCCGACGGGCUCGGCGCAGCGGCUGGCGGGGCCCGUCUGUCGUCUCUGUCCCAGGCAGCCUACGGACCGGCGCCACCGCUCUGCCACACGCCGGCGGCCGCAGCUGCCGCCGACUUCCAGCCGCCCUACUUCCCGCCGCCCUACCCGCAGCCGCCACUGCCCUACGGCCAGGCGCCCGACGCCGCCGCCGCCUUUCCCCACCUGGCCGGGGACCCAUACGGUGGCCUGACGCCCCUGGCGCAGCCACAACCUCCGCAGGCUGCCUGGGCCGCGCCCCGCACUGCCGCCCGCGCCCACGACGAGCCGCCCGGCUUGCUGGCGCCGCCCGCCCGCGCUCUGAGUCUCGACCCGCGCCGUGAGUACGCCGCCGCAGUGCCCCGGCUACUGCACAGCCUGGCCGACGGUGCCCACGGCCUAGCUGAGGCGCCCCUGGGCCUUCCCGGGCUGGCGGCGCCACCUGGCCUGGAAGAUCUGCAGGCCAUGGAUGAGCCGGGAAUGAACCUCCUGGACCAGUCUGUGAUAAAGAAAGUCCCCAUCCCCUCCAAAGCCAGCAGCCUUUCGGCCCUCUCAUUGGCCAAAGACAGCCUGGUUGGCGGCAUCACCAACCCCAGUGAGGUCUUCUGCUCCGUGCCUGGACGGCUUUCCUUGCUCAGCUCAACAUCCAAGUACAAGGUGACCGUGGGGGAAGUACAGCGGCGACUCUCACCUCCUGAGUGCCUCAACGCCUCCCUCCUGGGGGGCGUCCUCCGCAGAGCCAAGUCCAAGAAUGGGGGUCGGUGUCUACGGGAAAGGCUAGAGAAGAUUGGGCUCAACCUGCCAGCUGGCCGUCGGAAGGCUGCCAAUGUGACACUGCUGACCUCAUUGGUGGAGGGAGAGGCUGUGCACCUGGCUCGAGACUUUGGCUACGUCUGUGAGACUGAGUUCCCAGCCAAAGCAGCCGCUGAGUACCUGUGCCGACAGCACGCUGACCCGGGGGAACUGCACAGCCGCAAGAGCAUGCUGCUGGCCGCCAAGCAGAUCUGCAAGGAGUUUGCUGACUUGAUGGCUCAGGAUCGCUCCCCAUUGGGCAACAGCCGCCCAGCACUCAUCCUGGAGCCUGGAGUGCAGAGUUGCCUGACACACUUUAGCCUCAUCACCCACGGCUUUGGAGGGCCUGCCAUCUGUGCUGCCCUCACCGCCUUCCAGAACUACCUGCUGGAGUCACUCAAGGGACUGGACAAGAUGUUUCUAACCAGUGUAGGCAGUGGGCAUGGUGAAACCAAGGCUUCAGAGAAGGAUGCCAAACAUCGGAAAUAA